CCUAAAUUCCCCUUGAUAAUAAGUCUGUUAUUUGGGGCUAUUUGGAAGAUGAAUAAAAAUUCAUCUUUGGAACAUGGAACAUUCAUAACAAGUAGAACCUCAAUUUCUUGAAGCUGCCAGGACAACAAAUAUUCUGGCCAUCGCUUUAUCACAAACGCUUACAACAUGAUGAAUGAUUACAAGUUAAUGGGAACCCAGUCUUUUUCCAGUGAAAAGAAGUCCAACAAUUUUUUCCCCAAUAUUGGCUAUUAACCAGGACCAGAUCUGAGAGAGUGGCACUGGCAAAGUUCCUCCUCCCCUCUCCAAUGACUCCAGAUUCAUUUCUGCUUUUUGCUUGUUUUGCUCCAAGAGAGUGCUGGAAUCUCUCCUCAGGAAACCUGGAUUUCUACAAAGGCUCACUCAUCUUCCUAAUUCAGCCCUGGCCAGGUUUUACCGCACGGUGGUGGAAGGGACUGGGGCCAGCUCAUGGGCUUCUGCUGGUUCCACAGCCAUAGGAGGUCCGUCCGUCUCUUACCCAGUACACAGGUCCGUCAUGAGUGAGAAAUGGUUGAACUCUUCAGAAAACUGGCAUGACAUUUGGAGUGUCAAUGACACCAAGUAUCACCUAUACUCAGAUACCAACAUUACCUAUGUGGACUACUAUCUUCACCAGCCUCAAGUGGCAGCAAUCAUUAUUUCCUACUUUCUGAUCUUCUUCCUGUGUAUGGUGGGAAAUACGGUGGUGUGCUUUACUGUAAUGAAGAACAAACAUAUGCACACAGUCACUAAUCUCUUAAUCUUGAACCUGGCAAUAAGUGAUUUAUUGGUUGGCAUAUUUAUGCCUAUCACGCUGCUGGACAAUAUUAUAGCAGGAUGGCCCUUUGGAAGCACAAUGUGCAAGAUCAGUGGAUUCAUCCAGGGGAUUUCAGUUGCGGCUUCAGUCUUUACUUUGGUCGCGAUAGCUGUGGAUAGGUUCCGGUGUGUUGUCUACCCUUUUAAGCCAAAGCUCACUAUCAAGGCAGCAUUUAUCAUUAUUGUAAUCAUCUGGGUCCUGACCAUUGUCAUUAUGUCCCCAUCUGCAAUAAUGUUACAUGUACAAGAAGAAAAAUAUUACCAAGUGAGACUCAACUCCCAAAAUAAAACCAGUCCAGUCUACUGGUGCCAGGAAGACUGGCCAAAUCAAGAAAUGAGGAAAAUCUACACCAUUGUGCUGUUUGCCAACAUCUACCUAGCUCCCCUGUCCCUCAUUGUCAUCAUGUAUGGAAGGAUUGGAAUUUCACUCUUCAAAAUGACGGUGCCCCACAUAGGCAAACAGAACAAAGAGCAGUGGCACAUGGUGUCCAAGAAGAAGCAGAAGGUCAUUAAGAUGCUCCUGAUCGUGGCCCUACUUUUUGUUCUCUCUUGGCUGCCUCUGUGGACACUGAUGAUGCUGUCAGACUAUGCUGACUUAUCUCUAAAUGAACUGCGGGUCAUCAACAUCUACAUCUACCCUUUUGCACACUGGCUGGCGUUUUGCAACAGUAGCAUCAAUCCCAUCAUUUAUGGCUUCUUCAAUGAGAAUUUUCAUCAUGCUUUCCAAGAUGCUUUUCAUCUCCAGGUAUGCCAAAAAAGAGCAAAGCCCCAGAAAACCUACACCCUAAGAACUAAAAGCAAUGCGAUCCUAAGUGCAUCUCAUCAGUUAGCCCAGGGACCUGCAAUUCAAAAUUCACAUGAGGAAAAACCCAAACAAGAAUUGAUGAUGUUAGAAUUAGGGGAAGUCACUCAUAGCAUUGAGGUUUUAAAAGAGAUGGUAUGAUGAUUUUAACUAUACUGUGAGUUAUAUAUAGAAAUACUCUUGCUUUCUAUAGGUUUGUACUUCAGUUCUUUCUGAGAAUGUU